ACCGACAUCUGUAAUACUCGUUUGGCUAGAUAUAAGCGGUUGCUAAAGGGUGUGGGUCAAAGCGGUUGCUUCUAAUGCUUGUGUCAAAGAGUCACAAAACCUGCUGGUGAAGGCAGACUGUUUAGCUGUCAAAUGUAUGUGCUACGAAAUGUACAUGCUGGCAACGCUGUUGUAUCAAAAUGCUUGGAGCGUAGCGUCAGAACGCACAAGCUGGCGGCGAGGCAUCCAACUUGAUUGAUGAGAACGUUAGCGACUUUUGGGUGGGACCUGGCGACGUCUACGGGGGUUGGCGCUAUGGGCGUCGAAGAGAUGGACCCGAGCUUGAAGCAGCUGUACCUGCAAAAACCCUACGUAAAAACAGCCAAAAAGGCCUCGCUACUAGCUACGAUUUACGAGGAACCUGUUCAAAAAACAAAAUCCAAAGAACCGCAAUUGAUGGCUGCUAGAGGUCUAAAAAGGUACCUCGAUUUUGAGUCUCAGGCCGAAUUUGCAAAGAGGCGACGGAAGCGCGAAGCGCGAGCACUGUCCCACCAAAUUCAAAAGCAACGAGAACGAUUAGCUCAGGCAGAGCCGGAAACACAGGUAAAUGCCUGUGGACGACCAAAACGUCGUGCGGCUUCAGUAUCGGAGGCAGCUACCAAGGUUAUGACAAUCCUUGACACGCCAGUAAAAGGAAAUAACUACGUAAAUACACCAAAUAACAAAGAAUACCGUCAAGACGUUGAUGAAACGUAUGCUCCCCCUAGGUCGGCCAUAGUCCGUGAUAGCAAGAAUGUUGACAGUAGAGAUCGAACUGAUUUGAGACGAGACGGAGGAUCUGGAGGCGAUAAGGAAAAAUCGUAUGGCGGCAGGGAAAGAAAAAAAAUUGUGAAGCCUCUUUCAAGAAUUCCAAAAGAAGUACGCGAAGCUUUAGGUUGUAUAGUUGACGUCGUGGUUACAAUGGACAGGUGCGUGCACGCAGCCCAGAUCUAUUAUUCUGACCAUGACUAUGCGUUGAUACAACCAGAUGGGAUCUAAGAAUGAAACAAUUGUGUUCCUGUAAGAUCAUGGGAAUCAUAACAUUCUAUUCCCAUAGAAAGGAACAAAGGGUAGUGAACUAGACAUACGGGGUAUAGCUCCCUCAGAUGCUUGUAUCAAACAUCUCGUGUAAAUUUUUGAUUUAGGUAGUGAUUGUGUCGGCAAUCGAGCAGAUGUACAUGGGUAAAAAGUAGAAGCACUGCUCGUGACACCGGAUUUCAACGAUGUUAAUAAAUAAUAGUAUCACGGGCGAGUGAUAAGCAAAUGUCGCCUACACUGCUUAAAAAAAUUAUGUAUAGAGUCAACAAAUGGACACGAUUUCAUUAUUACUUCGACGAGUAAUCUCAUGUGGUCUAGUUACUGAGUGGGUACGCGCUUGCGUGCGGUUUAGGUGUGACAUGUCUAUGUGUGUGUACAGUGCUGAAGGUCUGUCAAAGAAUGACAAAUGGGAAAGCUUGGAAAUAGCGAUGGAGGUAGCGGAGAAAAAAUUCUACUCUUUUGUAGAUAGGAAAAUCGAAAACUUUUGGAAUAUAUAAUGAAUGUAAUUCAUGAGUAAAGCGGUUAGCAUAGUCGUUAGAAGCCAAAAGUAAUAACAACAGUACAUGAAAUUCAGUGUUCGCACAUAAUAGAGAACAUAGCUUACAAAAACCGCAAAGAAAAAUGGGUCAUAAGACCUUUAUACCCGGUGUAUAGCUGCUGACCGGUGGAUAACAAAAAUGUAUUUAUUUCGAGGUCGUUCCGCAGCCUGUAGAAGAAUUAAACCGCCGGUAUGUAAAAAUAAUAGUAAUUAAAUUAUAAUAAAAGCAAGUUGUUUUGUUUUUAUAAAAUUGAUGCCCCAAUUCAAGAGAGAUCCGUUCGCACACUAAGCCUCCCAAGCUCGAUUUGUCUAACGGGUCUUUUUGGGCAACCGUCUGGCAUAAUGCUAAACGGAAGAGCUUAAUCCCUGGAAAAUAAAUAGUUUUAAACAUAUUUGGGAAACUGCAGAGGAACGUCCCAUACAAAAACUUCAUGCAUGAAUAGAGAUGGUGAAACGACCAUUUACGAAAUGCGGUCAAUGCGUGAUCGAAAUGCUAGACGACGAAAGCAAACAUCGUCAAAAUGCUUGUAUAGAAAAACUGUAUUUAUAAACGAGCAAGCGUAUUGACCAGCAAAUUUUACAGCAACACGCGCAAAAGGUAUCAUCCCGCAUGUUAAUAAAUUAUUUUUUAUAUUCUUUACCUAG